AUGAAAACGGGACAAGAUAGUUUUGUGGUUCCCGAAGUUAAUUUUGGUCAGUUUGUGAUUGACCGAAUGAAAAGAUUUGGGGAUACUGUUGCUUUGGUUGAUCCAGUAUCUGAGCGCCAACUUACGUACAAGCAGAGCGCUAGUCGUAUUGAGCAAAUAGCAGCCGGACUGUACAGUCUUGGCUUUCGUCAAGGCGAUAACAGUGCGACUGUAUCAAUUGCGAGACAAACGUUUCUUGAGAAGCUCAUAGUGCUUGGUAAAGAAUGUGACGGAUACGUCGAUUUUGACUCUCUGUUGAAACAUGGAACCCUGCAGGAGAAACCGGAAGUUGACCCAAAAAUGUCUACUGCUCUCUUACUUUCGUCGAGUGGAACAACAGGGCUUCCAAAGUUUGUGAGACUAACGCACAGGAACCUUGUUGCUAACAUGAUACAAAUUCAGGAUAACCAGCACCUACGGUCAGGUGACGUGGUUGUGCUAGCACUUCCGGCGUUUCACCAUUUUGGCCUCGUGGGCGCUCUUGGCGUUGGCCUAUGUCAUGGAGUCAAGCUCGUUCACAUGGAAAGGUGGCAUACAAGCAGUUAUUUUAAGAAUAUUCAGAAAUACAAGGCUAAUAUAAUCCACGUCGUACCAGCCAUGGCCGCAUCCAUUGUGAAGUUCCCUGACCGCCUCAAGUAUGACGUCAGCAGCGUUCGCUACAUAGUUGCUGCAGCUGCUCCAAUGGGUGUCAGCAUUGAGACGCAGUUAAGGGACCUGUUUAAGCUGGAUUUCGUUGCAAUGUCCUACGGACUGUCGGAGACGGGCCACAACUCUGGUAACUCAGUCUUAUACCACCGAUUCGGUUCCAAUGGCAAACCUCCGGUAGGCGUCGAUUUAAAGAUAGUUAAUCCAGAAACGGAAGAAGAACUGUCACGAAACAAAACGGGCGAAAUCCGCAUUAGAGGUCCAAUGGUUUCCCCUGGUUACCUGGACGACGAGGAUGCAACUCGAAAUGCUUUGGAUUUAAAAGGAUAUUUCAAAACAGGGGACCUUGGCUAUUUAGAUGCAGAUGGAUAUCUGUUCAUCGUUGAUCGACUGAAAGAACUUAUCAAAUACAACGGAUUACAGGUUGCACCGGCAUAUCUUGAGGACAUCAUAGUAAAACACCCCGAUGUUGUUGACGCCGCCGUUAUAGGAAUCCCCGACCCCGACGCGGGGGAACUUCCAAGAGCGUACGUUGUCAGGCAACCCGGGAGCCAAACAACGACCAAGGAUAUUAUCCAAUACGUGCAUGAUCACGUGGCUCCCCACAUGCGCCUGCGCGGUGGCGUUGAAUUCAUAGAAGAAGUACCAAGAACGCCAUCUGGGAAGAUUAUGCGCAGACUAUUGAAAACGCGAAAACAAUCAAACUCCCAACCCCGAUGGGUCAAACAAAAAGAUGAGAGGCAGAGGAUGGUCUACUUGAAUCAUUUUCCAACUCUCACCAAAGAGGUUGGAGAUGGGGAUAAUGACAGACCAGCCAGUCGAAUUCAAAUUGGAUUAGACAUCAUGCGCCACCUGGUUGCUGAAGCUCGAGAGGACCAUUCGACUACAUAA